AGCGGCGACCCUUUCUCUGUGCCGGUUGCCCCUCCCUGGCCCCGCCCCCAGGUCUCGGGAGCCGCCGGCCGUUGUUGUCAGUGCGUCGCGCUCGGAGUCGCCGCAGCGGCAGGAGCCGGGGCCAGAGCAGGCGGCGGCGCUGGGCGCGGGACACGCAGAGCCGGACGCGGGCACAGGUCGAGCUGCUCCCCGCCGCUGUUUCGCUGCCCCGCCUGGGCCCCGUUUCUCCCGGGGGCGCCUCCAGCUCCCAGCGCGGGGAGCGGCCGGUGACAGGGGCCGGCGCCGCUGCCCAUGUGGGGGGUGGCGUCCGGAGGAGCCGCUGCUGCGGGGACUGCAUCUGUCAACUGCACAGUGAAUGCUACUACCAUGAUGGGGCAUUAUAUGAAGUUGUAUGGAAGAGUUUCUAUUCAUUGAUUCACCAACAUGACUCCUGCAUCAUCCUGUUUUCUUCAGCAGGCUUACAUCCCAUUGGUGACCAGGCAUAACCCAGCUUAUCUUGAGAUAUAAGAUCUCAGCUCAGGAUUUUAUGACUAAAGUUCAUAUAUAGAGCGAGGGAAAGAAGAAUGCAAAACUGGCAUCAGUACUUGAUAUGGAAACAUCAUUAGACAUUUGGAAAGGAUGAAGAAAGUCUGAGACUUCAUGAACAAAGAACAAACCCAAAUGAUAUCUCUGAAAGGGGCACUGUCAAGAUAUGUUUGGCAGUGAAAAUGGAUUACUUAUUUGGAAAAAAUAUUCUUAUAUGAGAAGAUCCCAAUACCAAACAGUUUAAACAUUAUUCCUUCUUCAGGAACAGUAUGGCAGGCUUCAAACGAGGGUAUGAUGGAAAAAUUGCUGGACUGUAUGAUUUGGAUAAAACCUUGGGCAGAGGCCACUUUGCUGUGGUCAAACUUGCCCGGCAUGUCUUCACAGGUGAAAAAGUAGCAGUGAAAGUAAUUGACAAGACCAAACUGGACACUCUAGCCACUGGGCAUCUUUUCCAAGAAGUUAGAUGCAUGAAACUAGUGCAGCAUCCUAAUAUUGUUCGACUGUAUGAAGUGAUAGAUACCCAGACCAAACUUUACCUUAUCUUGGAGCUUGGUGAUGGAGGAGAUAUGUUUGAUUACAUCAUGAAACAUGAAGAGGGACUUAAUGAGGACCUGGCUAAGAAAUACUUUGCUCAGAUAGUUCAUGCUAUAUCUUAUUGCCAUAAACUACAUGUAGUUCACAGAGACUUAAAACCAGAAAAUGUUGUCUUCUUUGAAAAACAAGGACUUGUGAAAUUGACUGACUUUGGCUUCAGCAACAAAUUUCAGCCUGGAAAGAAGCUUACUACCAGUUGCGGAUCUCUAGCAUAUUCUGCUCCUGAAAUUCUACUUGGGGAUGAGUAUGAUGCACCAGCAGUGGAUAUAUGGAGCCUGGGUGUUAUCCUAUUCAUGUUGGUAUGUGGACAACCACCAUUCCAAGAAGCAAAUGACAGUGAAACACUGACUAUGAUCAUGGACUGCAAAUACACAGUGCCAUCGCAUGUGUCCAAAGAAUGUAAAGAUCUAAUUACACGGAUGUUACAGAGAGACCCAAAGCGAAGAGCAUCUUUGGAAGAGAUUGAAAAUCAUCCAUGGCUCCAAGGAGUUGACCCAUCGCCUGCAACAAAGUACAAUAUCCCUCUGGUUUCAUACAAAAACCUUUCUGAGGAAGAACACAAUAGUAUAAUACAACGCAUGGUCCUUGGCGAUAUAGCAGAUCGAGAUACAAUAGUAGAGGCCCUGGAAACUAACAAAUACAAUCAUAUCACUGCUACUUACUUCUUACUAGCUGAGAGGAUUCUGAGAGAGAAACAGGAGAAAGAAAUUCAAACCAGAUCUGCAAGCCCUAGCAACAUCAAAGCUCAGUUCAGGCAAUCAUGGCCAACAAAAAUCGAUGUACCCCAGGACCUGGAGGAUGACCUUACAGCUUCUCCUCUCUCCCAUGCAACUGUUCCUCAGUCUCCAGCUCGCACUGCUGAAAAUGUUCUUAAUGGUCACAGAAGUAAGGCACUUGGCGAUUCAGCAAAGAAAGAGGAUAUCCCUGAAUUAGCUGGGCCAGCACUUUCAGUGGUUCCUUCAGUGAGCUUAAAACCCACCACUAGUGGCCGGAAGUGCUUGUUUAGAGUAGAAGAAGAUGAAGAGGAAGAUGAAGAAGAUAAGAAACCCAUUUCUCUUUCAACUCAAGUUGUUUUGCGCCGCAAGCCUUCGGUUACAAAUCGUCUCACUUCCAGGAAGAGUGCACCAGUCCUCAAUCAGAUAUUUGAGGAAGGGGAGUCAGAUGAUGAGUUUGACAUGGAUGAGAACUUACCCCCAAAGCUUAGCAGGUUAAAAAUGAAUAUUGCUUCACCGAGCACAGUGCAUAAGCGCUACCACAGAAGGAAAAGCCAGGGUCGGGGGUCUAGUUGCAGUAGCUCAGAAACUAGUGAUGAUGACUCAGAAAGUAGGAGACGGCUAGAUAAAGAUAGUGGGUUUACAUACUCCUGGCAUAGACGGGAUAGUAGCGAAGGGCCACCUGGAAACCAAGGAGAUGGUGGUGGACAGAGCAAACCAAGCAAUGGAAAUGGAGGCGUAGACAAAACAAGCCCUAGUGAUAACAACAAAAGUGGGGGAAGUCCCUCCACAGGCUCCAGUGGUAGCACUAAUAACACUUCAGGUUCUACUCGUAAAUGUGCUGGAUCUGGAAACUCAAUGCAGUUAUCUUCUAGAAGUGCAGGGGACCUGGUUGAAAGCCUAAAAUUGAUGAGCCUUUGCUUAGGUUCACAGAUUCAUGGCAGCACUAAAUACAUUAUUGAUCCUCAAAACAAUCUGUCAUUUUCCAGUGUGAAAGUGCAAGAGAAAUCAAUGUGGAAAAUGUGCAUAAGUUCUACUGGGAGUGCAAAUCCAGCUUCAUCUUUGGGCAGCAUAAAAUUCUUUUCUGACCAAAUGUCAGACACAGCAAAUGAGUUGGAACGGAUAAAGAGUAAGAACUUGAAAAAUAAUGUGCUACAACUACCUCUCUGUGAAAAGACUAUAUCUGUGAAUAUUCAGCGGAACCCCAAGGAGGGACUGCUGUGUACCUCCAGUCAAACUAGUUGUUGUCAGGUCAUUUGACAGUGACCUGACUUAAUAGCUCAAUCUACUUGACAACACCAUUCUUCCUGUUCAGAGCUGUGAACACCUUAUUUCAAUGAACCCCUUUUUUUGUCUUAAUAUUUUAAAGUGGGCUUUAUGAGCAGUUAUUUAUUACAUUUAAAUUUUGUGUUUGCUUGAUGGUAUGACAAUGCAUGGUCUUUGUGCAUGCUGCUAGCCAAUACAUCUUUCUUUCCCAACAUAAUAGACUAUUUUAUUGUGUAAUUUUUACACACAUAAUUUUACUAUGGAAGAUCUGGAUUAAAUUAAAAUGUAUAUCUGGAUCCUAGUGUAAAUGUAGCACUUGGAAGUUUCAUAUUCUGCACUUAAACUAGAGAGAGAGAGAGAAGCUUUUGUUUGCUUGUGAAAUGUUAAUUCUUGUUCUGACCUUCUGUGAUAUCUAAAAUAUGUGAUAUGUGGCAUACUUCUGUGUGUCUGAAACAGAACCAAAGCAAUAAUGUUUUGAUGCUGAAAACUCCUCAGGGAGCUUUCAGAUGUUCCAAGGCUUGUACAAAGCAAAGAUGCACUGAAAAUUAGUGAUCUUAAACUAUGAUUUUAAACCCACACCUAUUUGUCUUAAGCUAUAUGGUUAAAGUUGUGGCUCAAAAUCAAACUGAAAAGAUCUUGUUUUCCUAUAGGCAAGAUUUUUUUAAAAAGCAACUAGAUUUGUAAGGCAGCUUUUUCCCAUAGAAAUGUGUUAGUAUUACAAGCAGACAAUCUUCUUUUUUAAUAUAACAAAGGUAAAUUAUAAAGUCUACUUCUGAGUUUUUACAUUCUAACUGAAAAUAAAUAGUUUGUAUACAUUACUUCCGUUAGUAGUAGUCUAUCAUGACAAUUACCUUAAAUAUUUUAGCAUUUCUUAUUCUGAGUGUGACCCUUAGAUCUCAAAAUGCAAUAAAGAAUGGAAAAUGUUUAAAUAAUUGGAUGCAAAUUUAAAUUAAUCAGUAUUAUUGUCCGAUAAAAAUUUUCCUCAUCAUUAGACUUUUUGGCUCUUGUCAGGACUUAAUAUGUUGUGUUGUCUCCUGUAUUUACUCUGUUUUGUUAAUUUCCCUCAGUACUCUCAUUUUCUAUUAAAAUCAAGGCCAAUAUUUACAAAAACUAAAAAUUGGGCACAUAAGAAAAUACCCUUCCACGUUCUUUAAAGCUAUUAGCUUUUCCAUUUUGUGUCCCCAUUGCCAUUAAAAUAAUGGCAAAUUCGUGUGUUAGAAUAUUUCUGUACAAAAGGUUACUUUUGAGCAGAAGAACUAACUUUUUUGUGGAAUUUUAUUAUCUAGAAUAAAAUAUAUUGCAGAUUCCUAAUUUUGGGAAGGGCAAGAAUGUUUUAUUUUUUCAUGCUGUGCACUGGGUCUUCAAAGCAAUGCUAGUAAAAAUUGGUGGUAUUAUGUAGCAGCACCCCAGCCAGACAUUGAAUGGUCUGCGAGGAGUUUACACUGUUUAGCAUAUUGUAACAUUUUUACACAAUGGUCAAAUACAAUGCAUUUCAUGGACACCGUAGAGCGAGUAGAGCACCAAAGAACUGCAUUACAUUUGGUCAUAAUCUCUGUAGUUCACACUGGCUUUUCUUAAUUAGUAUGAUACAUUUUAUUAGGACAAUCUAUAUUGCACCGAGUACUUUUACUGGCUAGCCUAGCUAGGGAUUAUACAUUCUGCUCCCUAAACAAAACAAGUGAUAAACAUUUUACUUUAUGGAACUUUUCAGUUUUAAGCUACAGUUGCAGUUCAGUCAGUGUGAUAUUUAUAAACUGAAAGCUACAAGAAGAGAUGUGUGGGUGAAGCCAUAGAACACAUUUGCUUGAUAUUUUUGAGCAGGGAUCUUAUAAAGGGCCAGAAAUAAGAUGUGUGGUUCACAGACAGUGAGCAUAACAUCUAUAUUAAAAGUAAGAGAAAAGUUUAUAAAGGGCAUUGGCAAUAAACUAUUGCAGCUUUUUUUUCCAAGUAUUGUAAAUACUUUCCUGAUAUUAUGUACAGCCUUGGAAUGGCACCUUUUAACUAACCCCAGGUGUAUUUUGUUUCCAAUGUUUUUAUAUACAGAUGUAUAUAUGGUGCUCACUUUAGAACAGCAGUGUUGACCAUUUAUGCUGCAUAGCUGUAUUAUAGCCUUAUUAGUUGUGUAUGGUUGGUUGAACUUCUGGGUGUACAAAAGUUAGUCUGAGUGUUAUCCUUUUAUCCAUUUGUUCAUAGGUGAAUGAUUGUGCAUGUGUUGUAUGUUAUAUUAUGUUGUCAUGUAAAAGGAAGGGAGAGAAUAACCACUACAUUAAAAUAAUAUUGGACCAAACUAUUUAGAGCGAGUAAACAGUUUCUUGUACCCCUUAACCUGUCUUUAAAAGUUGCAUAUAGUUAUGGUAGCAUAUAAAUUAAAUAUUGUGGAAAAACAAUUAGUCUUGUAUUUUUCUCCGUGUGUAUAUAUAAAUGUACCUUUAGAAACUUUAUCUGUAUUUAAGAUGUGACAAUCUUGACACAGAAUUUUAAGCGUAGCAGUAAAAAUAAAAUAGAACAGAAUUAAAUAACUUCUCACCAAGAAAGAAUGUGUGUGUUAAGAGGGUACAGAAAUAUCAGCUGAUCUUGUCGGUUGCUUCCAGCAAUGUUUGGCUUUCUUCAUUGUGUAAACAUUCACGGUGUGUGUCAGAAAUGGAAAAUCCAGUUAAUAAAAAUGACAUCUUGAUUGGUGCAUAAA